CUUUCGACCGGCGUUGACUGACUUGUUCGGGCUGACGAAUUGCUGCUAAUCAUGAGACGUAUCAAAAUGAUUUUACUGCUUUGCAGUUUCAUGUUAUUGGAGAGAGUUAGCGGCCAGAGAAGUUUUCCUCCAGAGUUCAAGUUUGGUGUUGGAACGUCUGCAUACCAAAUCGAAGGAGCAUGGAAUGAAGAUGGUAAAGGCGAAUCCAUCUGGGAUCAUCUUGUCCAUAAUUAUCCGGAGAAAGUCUCCGAUAGUACGACUGGUGAUGUUGCAUGUGACAGUUAUCACAAUUACAAACGUGACGUAGAAAUUCUACGCGAACUGGGAGUUAACAUGUAUCGCUUCUCAAUGGCAUGGACUCGAAUAAUGCCCACUGGGAUAAGCAACGAGAUCAAUCAGGCUGGCAUUGAUUACUACAAUAAUUUGAUUGAUGAGUUGGUUAAGUACAACAUCGAACCGAUGGUUACCCUGUACCAUUGGGACCUACCGCAGCGUCUGCAGGAGAUGGGUGGUUGGACAAACCGGGAAAUCGUUGAUCAUUUCAGGGAAUAUGCGCGAGUAGCUUUCGAAAAUUUCGGAGACCGUGUCAAAUGGUGGACAACGUUUAAUGAACCGUACCCAAUAUGUGUGCUUUCCUAUGAAUACGAUUCAAUGGCUCCUGGAUACGAUUUUCCAGCCACCCCUACCUAUUUGUGUGGCCACAAUCUUCUCCUGUCGCAUGCAGAAGCUGUGGAAGUGUACCGAUCGCAAUUCCAGUCAACACAAAAUGGUAUAAUUGGAUUCACAAUGGAUUCCUCGUGGAAUGAACCAAGAAGUGAUUCGGCUGAAGAUCUGGAAGCUUCCGAGAUAGCAAUGCAGUUUUCGCUCGGAUGGUACAUGCACCCAAUAUAUUUGGGAAACUAUCCUCAAGUAAUGAUUGACCGUAUUGGGAAUAGUAGUCUUGAACAAGGUUUCGCAAAAUCCCGUUUACCGGAAUUCACCGAUGAAGAGAUCAACAAACUGAAGGGAUCAUCCGAUUUCUUCGGAAUCAACCACUAUACGACCUCCAUCGUGUAUCAGAAUGACAAAGAAAAUUCGGUAAAUUUCCGGAUUCCAUCUUACGAUCACGAUCGUAACACCGCAGGCUAUCAGGAUCCAUCGUGGCCGGAUUCGGGUUCUGGCUGGCUCAAGGUCAAUCCGGAAGGAAUGUAUAAACUGUUGACCUGGAUACGCAAUGAAUAUGACAACCCGUUGGUGUACAUUACGGAGAAUGGAGUGAGUGAUCUCGGCGGUACCAAAGAUAUCAGUCGAAUUGAGUUCUAUAACGGAUACCUGAAUGCCGUCCUUGAUGCAAUGGAAGAAGGAAGCGACGUGAGGGGUUACGUUGCAUGGAGCUUGAUGGAUAACUUCGAGUGGCGGGCCGGACUGACGGAACGCUUCGGGUUGUAUUAUGUAGACUAUGAUUCACCGGAUAGAACUCGAAUUGCUAAAAGCUCCGCCAAGGUGUACGCUAAUAUAAUUAAAACGAGAAUUAUCGAUCCGGAUUAUAUACCAGAACCAGAUUUAGACAUUCCUAGCCCAAAUGUUGGUACAAGAAAGGGUCUUUCGAAAUGUAGUGUCGUGAGUCGGGCUGAGGUGAAUUGUAACUACUACCAUUCCGAACGUGUGACUUGGAAAUACAUUCACGAGUUUUUGUGUCAAACCACGGUAAGGUGGCCAAUUCAAAAUACAAUAUUUAGGAAUAACGGGGCUAAGCCCUAUGGAACUGAAUUGGACUAUAAAGUUUCAGACAAAUAUGAAGAUCGAACACAAUUUAGUACGUAUAGUAUUUCACUAAUAAUAGAGACGCUACGACAUGAGGUUCAGUUUGUUUUUGAUUGGCUUACUGAUAUGAUUUCUGCAGUACUGUUCUACUUGAGUUUUGCUGUCGGCUCAUUAUCUGCCGAAAAACGAUGUUUUCCAGAACACUUCCUAUUCGGUGUUGGGACAUCUUCCUAUCAAGUUGAAGGAGCUUGGAACGAGGAUGGCAAAGGAGAGUCGAUUUGGGAUCGAUUCACGCACAGUCGUCCGGAGAUGAUAGCGGAUCGAAGCACUGGGGAUGUUGCUUGCGAUAGUUAUCACCAAUGGCAGCGCGAUGUCGAAAUGGUCAAAGAGCUUGGUGUUGACAUCUACCGUUUCUCGAUAGCAUGGACACGGAUCUUGCCAAAUGGGAUUAAAUACGAUCGAAUUAAUCAGAAAGGAAUUGAGUACUACAAUAAUCUAAUCAAUGAGCUACUCCGAAGUGGGAUAAAGCCUGUGGUAACUUUAUAUCAUUUUGAUCUACCUCAGAAGUUACAGGAUUUGGGUGGAUGGUUGUCACCUGACAUCGUUGACUAUUUCACUGAAUAUGCCAGAAUCAUCUUUCAUCACUUUGGCGAUCGGGUUCAAAUGUGGAUCACAUUCAACGAACCGUGGCAUAUUUGCGAGAACUCGUACGGUAAGGAUGGACUAGCCCCUGCAAUAAAUUUUACUGGAGUGGCUAGCUACAUUUGCGGCCACAAUUUACUGAAAGCACAUGCGGCAGCAGUUCAUUUGUACAGGAAUCAGUUCAAGAGUAAACAAGAAGGAAUGAUUGGAAUCUCGUUGGAUGCCCGGUGGUAUGAACCGGCUUCUGUUUCAGAAGAAGAUGAGGAAGCUUCCGAAUGGGGUUUGCAGUUUCAUCUAGGUUGGUUCGGUCAUCCAAUAUUUUCCGCUGAAGGAGACUAUCCUCAAGUCAUGAAAGACCGAAUCGGAAAUUGGAGCUCUUUGCAAGGGUUUACACAUUCCAGACUUCCGCUAUUCACGCCGGAGGAAAUAGAUUACAUAAAAGGGACAUCAGAUUUUUUCGGAUUGAACACGUACACAACGAGACUAGUCAGUAAAAAUAGUUAUCACAAUGAAGCUAAUUAUGGGAUUCCAUCCAAUGAGCAUGACGCUGGCGUAAUAUUUUCCGUUAAUUCCAGUUGGCCGUCGGCCAAAACAUCAUGGCUUAAGAUUGUUCCAUUUGGCCUGCAUAAGUUGUUGAAUUGGAUCAAAAAUGAGUACACCAAUCCACCGAUUUGGGUGACCGAAAAUGGAGUUGGUACCGCUUCGGGAACGGUUGAUCAUCAGCGCGUGAAGUAUUACAACCGUUAUCUAAAUGCAGUAUUAGACGCAAUUAACGAUGGCUGUGACGUUCGUGGAUAUUUUGCUUGGAGUUUGAUGGAUAAUUUUGAAUGGCGAGCAGGAUAUACUAGCAAGUUUGGAUUAUUCCACGUUGAUUUCAACAGUCCCAAUCGUGAUCGAGUAGCAAAACUUUCCGCAAAAAAAUAUAAACAUAUCACAGAAACCCGGGAAAUCGAUGCUCGUUAUGAAGUUAUUAUUGAAGCAAAGCCUACAUAUAACAUAAGAAAUUGUAUCGCUGUUGUUGUCACUAUAUAUGUUCUACUGAAAUUCAUGCCUUGGAAAACGUUGUCACAUAUACUCCAUUUAUAACUGACAAGAACCAUUCAAAUAAAAGGAAAACAUAGUCGUAAGAGAAAAAACUCCUAAUUGCCCAGAUUUAUGCUGUGUUUGAUUUAAAAAAUAUCAUGUUACCACUGUGUCAUAAUAUAUAGUUUUAUAUCAA